GGAGAAUCCUACAAUCUAUUCUUAUCUUAUGACUCGACGGUCACCUUAACUUUGUAAUUUAACCUUUCCUUCGUUCUUACGCCGAGUUAAACAGAACCGAAUCAACAUGUACCAUACACACACACACAAGCAAGAGAGCAACAACUUCCUUAUUAGGGCAAUAAAAAAAAAAGGCAUCACCUCAAUCUCACCCAAUCCCAUCGAAACCCUAGAAUCCAUGCUUCAAUUUUUUCAAUUCUCAGCGACAAGGGUUUGUUUUGUAUUUUGAUUUUUGUCCAAUUUAUGGCCUCGAUACAAUACUUGAGCUCUACGUUGAUUUCCAUUGGCCAUUUGUAGAAGCCCAAGUGUAGAUUACACUGGGAGUGGGAAAGUUUUGUUGGUACUAAUAAAGUUGUGGAAUUUGAGAUGUUUAGUCAAGGGAGUUAUAAUCUGCAAUCCGGACAAGGUCCUCAGACACCUAGGCCACCUCCAUUUUUACAGCAUCCACCGGCUCUGCUUCCUUUACCUCAGAAUUUCCAACAAGGUCCACUGCUGCCUUUACCUCAAGUUCUACCUCGCCCUGGUCAGCCUGGCCUGCCUAUAUAUCAGCAAGGUCCUCUGGCCCCACAUCUUGCAGUUCGGCAGGUUCAACCUGGGUUGCCUAACACGGGUCAGCCUUAUUUUCCUCCACCGCCUGCAGUUCAUGGAAGUACCCGGUUGCCACAUGUAUACACAACUGCGCCACCAAAUCCGCAAGGAUCGCAGCAUUCUUCUUAUUUAGCGCCUGGACUCCCUCCUCCUCCUCCUGCUGCUGCUGCUGGUUCACAUAAUCUGGAAAUGUUACAGGUCACAUUACCUCCUAGAAGUUUACCUCCUACACCUUCACAAGGCCAGACGUUAUAUAGAGCUCCAAUUCAUCAGUUGCCUCAGCAGCCUGGUGGCAUGCAAGGUCUACAGCAAAUUCCACCACCCCCACCUCCCCCUCCUACUUUUUCAACUUCUUCCCUAUCUGGGAAUAUUUUAGAGGCAACUGUUGGAAACUCUCAAAUGUCUUCCAUGGUUCCCCCAUCAACGUCACCUCCUCCACCACUGCCAUCUUCUUCUCCACCGCCAAUUCCACCAUCUUCACCACCCCCUGUCUUUUCCUCAGCGUCAGUAUCUUUGCCUCUUCCUGCUGGAUUCAACAUGCCUUGUGGCUCUAAUCCACAAUUAGGCACUCUUGGUCCUGUUACUGAAGUCAGACCUCUCAAUCGGGCUGAGCAUAGUAUAUCUGUACAGAAAUUUUCUGUGGAUGAUGGAAGUCUAUUUUUGGAAGGUCAAAGUGGAAAUGAGUUGAAUUAUCCUGGGGGAGAUGGUUUGUCAUUGAAUGGAAUUGUGGCAUCCGAUGUUCCUUGUCCACCUAAGCCAGCAGAAGAAAAAAUUGUUCAGAAGAUCGAAGAGUUUUGCCAACUAAUUGCUAAGAAUGGUUCUUCUUAUGAAGAUAUUGCUCGUCUAAAGGGAUCUGAGAAUCCGGAGUUCAAAUUUUUGUUUGGUGGCGAGCCAAGUAGUGAAGCUGCAAUUGCACAUGAGUAUUUUUUGUGGAUGAAGAAGCAGUGUCUUUUGGCAAGUAAAUCAGAUGGAAUCCAGCCUGAAAUGUCGACCAAUCAUUUGAUGCUCACAACUGAAAUCCAUUCACCUGCUGAUUCUGAUAUGGAGAUGGAAGAUGAUAUCACCAGGUCUGAUGUUGACCAGGCAGUGAAUCAGCCUAUUGAAAAUCCAACUCAAGCUAUUGGUCCGAUAAGCAGCGAGUUUGAUGCAAAAAAGCAGCUGCACAAACUAUUGAGUUCAGCCGGAUCUGGUGCUGGCACGAUGGUUUUAUCUGAAAGACAGGGUGAAGAAGGGUCAAAGCUAGUCUCCAGUCAUGAUGACUUGACAUUUGGGAGGUCAGUUUUCAGGGUUGAAAGCCCAGUCAUUAAUCCAACUGGGGCUACUGAAUAUCCCUUUGCCAGCAACAGAGUGGAAUCUUCUACAGUCUUAGCUGGUGAUAAUAGUUCAUCUAAGGUUGCAGCAGCUGCUGAAUGCAUGAAUUCUGACAGCUAUUCGGGUCAAGUCAUGAAAGGCAGUAGCCCAUUCAGACUCCUGCAAGACUAUGCUUCUAAUGACAGCUCAGAAAAUGAUGAGGAUUCACAUUUCAAAGAUGCCAAUCCUGAAACAGUUUCAUCAUUAGUUGCAGUUAGUGAAAGGGGGUUUGGGAUGCUAUCUGAAUCUGGCAUGUUGUAUAAAGCUCUGGAAUCUUCCUCGUAUUCACAAAGAGGAGUUAAGGAGACUGUCCCAAUAUCCAUUGCAACUGGGCCAAGCACCAAACUUAUUGAUAUUAAGCUUGAGAACCAAUCAUCUAUUGACCAUGCCACUUGUCACGAGGCUCUCCCAAAAGAAGAUGCUUCGGGAGGUGCGGGGGCAAAUGUUGCUUCUAGUGGUAAAUAUGAGGACAGCAAAGAUAAAAAUGCAAAAUUGGAAGGCGAAGAUAAAAAUGCAAAAUUUACUUCAAAUGCCCAGAAAAUAGAUAAGUUUGGAAGAUUGGUUAGAGAAGGUGUCAGUGACAGUGACUCCGAAGAUUCACACCAUGCUUAUAGGCGUAAUAAAAGAGGGAGAAGCCGGAGCCGGUCACCUCUAGAUAGGAGGAGGAGGAAUCAUCCUCGGAGAAGAAGAGAAAAGAGAAGUAGAUCUCGUGGAUGGUCUCCCAGGAAUAGAAGAAGUAGGAGCAGGUCUCCCUCUUUUAGGCAUGCAGGUGAAUUUAGCGGUGGCAAUAGGAGACUGGAAAAGGGUCAGUUGCCAGACUGUUUUAACUUUCUCAGAGGCAGGUGCUACCGUGGUGCAUCCUGUCGUUAUAUGCACCAUGAUUUUGAGAAAAUUAAUGGAUCGAGGCAUCACAAGAGCAAGCAACAAGAAGUGCAACUUCCUCCCAGUUCAAAGAAUUGUAAUACUCAUGAAGGUAACAAGAAACUCUCACCAAUGGUAUCAGAUCAUGGGCAGGAAAUCAUGAACCAGGAAAUGAGGAGCAAUCAUGAUGUGUCUUGUGCUACAAAAGAUAACAAUGUUGUUCAUAAUGGAGAAGAUUCUGUUGGUGAUGCAUUAGUUGAUUCUGAAAUUAUCAAAUCUGACAGUUUUAGACAGAUUGUUGCUGAAUUGCCAAAAACUAGAGUAGUUGAAGAAAGAUCUGAAGAUGGUACAACUUGUGUAGGUGAGAAUUUUCAGGAAGCAAUGGAAUCUGACCAACCAAUGGUUGUUGAUAGUUUUCCCUCUAAACGUGCAAGUGAUGCUAACCUCAUGAAGUCACAUGGUGAAACUCCUCAGGAUGUAAUUUCUUCUUUGAAGAUUCAACAAUCUCAGUCUGUUCAGUCAGAUCCGGUGCUUGAAGAUGCUGAUAAUCACGCCCAACAAACUGACGAUUCUUCUAUAUCUGAUACAUCACCAAAUAAAACAUCUAGAACUUCUCCAAAGAAACUUCAUGGUACAGAAACUCUUCCAAAUUCUGCAGAUUCUGUACAUAAUCCUUCCCAGAUGCCCCCUGUUCCUUCCUCUGCUCCAAAUGCAGAAGGCAAUAAUACUUCACAUAUGGCACAGCUAUCAAGGGAUUGCAACUUGAUGCCACAGACUGCAGCAUUUCAAUCUCAAUCUGUUCCUUCGGAAAAUUUUCCCUCUUAUAUGUUGCCCAAUCACAAUUCUCUUUUUUCUCUACCAUCAAAUUCCUCAUCUGCCACGUUGCCACCGCCACCACCACUAUUGCCACCACAUGGACCAGUUGGAAAUGCAGGCUCUGCAAAACCAAGUGUUACUUCGCAAUUUCAGCAGAUUUCCUUGCCUCCAAGGGGGGACUUUGGUUCUCAAAUGUUCUUGAGACCCUACUCAACUGAAUUCUCUGUUAAUUCUCAGGUUGGUGAGUUCCAGCAUCAAGCGUACCCUUCAUUGCAGGAGCCACAUCAACCUCCCAUACAUUUGCAAGGUUUUAAGUUGAAACCUUUACCUGGAUGCACCCCAUCCAGUCAACAAUCUGGUCUUUUCGGAGGAGAUCAUUUAAAACAGCUCCCACUGCAGGCUGCAAGGGUUUCAGACUCCAUUCGGAGCAACAAUUACCCUCAACCUAUACCCUUUUCCCAAGGACCUGCAAACAAAAUGCAAUCUUUUUCUGGUGACAAUUUUGCUCCAGGAGAGAUUUUGAAGUCUUCUACCAAUCAGCCAUACUUGCAGCGGCAACAGGUGCCCUACAGUUUGCAUCAUUCUGUGCCUGAUAGUGUCUAUAGUCUGCCUGGGAAAAUCAGUUCAUCUGGAUAUCCACCAGAUCUUCAAGACAGAAAUCAGCCAUCACAUCUUGAUUUUGGAUUGUCAAGAAAUUCAACUCACUUUAAUCCUUAUGCAUCUACCUUUGAGAAGCCACUCAGCUCCAGAUUCAGUUCUGAUGUCUUCAGGCAAGAAAAAGGCACAACCUAUGGUAGCACGCAUGAUAAUCCUUUAGGUUUGAGUAAUGCUUCGGUUGAUGGACUGGGUGUUAGACCAAAAGAGGCAACUUCACCAACUUCUGCUAGUGGUGUUGGGAAAAUUAUUCCUAGGUCAGGUGGUGACCAGUAUGAUCCCCUCUUUGACAGCAUUGAGCCAUCUUCAAACUCAUAUAUGAAAUUAGAUCAUUUUAAGAAGUGGGAACCCUCUGGUGACUCUGACAUCGUUUUGAGGCUAAAAGGCUCAAGCCAACCUUUGGAUGUGGAAGAGAACAACAAGAAGAAAGAGGUCGGUGGCAUUGUGCUUGCUACAUCUAUUGUUAAUGAGGAAUUUGGUGAGACAGCAGAUUUAGAAAUUGGUGACGUUGAAAAUGGCAGCCAGAGUAAUCCCAAUGCUUUAACAAACACAAAUAUGGGUGAGAUGGAGAUUGAUCAGAUUAAGUCCCCAGGGAAGAGCAAGAAGGAGUCCAGAUCAAUGAAGCUUUUCAAGGCUUGCCUUGCAGAUUUUGUAAAGGAGGUUUUAAAGCCUUCAUGGCGACAGGGUAACAUGAGCAAGGAAACUUUUAAGACUGUUGUGAAGAAGACCGUUGAUAAAGUGUCAGAAGCAAUGAAGAGCCACCAGAUACCCAAGUCUAAGGCAAAGAUAAAUCAGUACAUUGACUCGUCACAGCGGAAAUUAACAAAACUUGUGAUGGGUUAUGUGGAUAAAUAUGCCAAAGGGUAAAAGUUGACAUUAUGUUGAUGAUUUUGACUGGAUGUACUUCCUCAUCUUUGGGACUUCUGUGCCAUUGGAGCUGCAGAACUUGAUUGAUUUGAUUCCAAACUGCAGAGCUGUGAGGAACUGAGGAUAGAUUGAAAAAUUUUCAGUGGCAUUAGUAGAUUGCUGGUAUUUGAUGAAUCUUGUACCUCCUAGCACAAAUAUGAAAGUCCAUGACAAGAUGAAAUUUAUUGGUGGAUUAUUUCCCAACCUUAGCGAAAGUUCUGAGGGAGCUCCAAAAUGUGUAUGUAAUGUGCAUCCUUAAAUAUAAAUGUUGUGCCUUUUAUUU